AUGGAUGAGUGUGGAGUGAAAAUUAACACGGGACAGUCCGCUUAUGGACAUUCACAGGGAGGAGUCCGGUGCGUUGAAAUCGGUCGUUAUAUUGCAGGACCGAAUCACACUCUUAAUUUUAUAGUUGGUCUGAAUGCCUCUAUGUUUGCAUCAGUAAUUCCGGGUCCAUCAAAUGCAAACCAAUUUGUUAUUUUUUUCACUGAAGCAACGGAAGCGUUCACUGUUGACGGCGAACCAGUGUUAACACCAGGUGAUACAGUUGUUGUGGACAAUGCCCCGAUUCAUCACCACGAAGCAGAAAGGUUGCUUUUUAAUUUACUGGAUGAUUUUGGCAUUGAAUUAGUUUAUCUCCCAACUUAUUCUCCAGAUUUCAAUCCUGCUGAAAACUGCUUUAACAAAUUGAAAAUCACACUUAAACGUGACUACUACAGGGAAUUAUUGCACGAUAACUUACCUAUUGCUGUAUAUGACGCACUUUCCGAAAUAACACCACAUGAUACUUGGGAAUUCUUUAAUGCAACUGGCUACUUAAAUAUGAAUCCCAAUCUAUAG